AUGAAGUACUCAAUCUUCACAAUAUCCACAUUCCUGGCAGUUUCCAUCUCCGCAGCCCCAUCUCGUUCUCGAACCCUUAAAAGACAAACCCAAGGUGCUACCGGAAAAAUCAUCGAACAAACAGAUGCAUCUUGGAAUCUAGAGAGAAUCUCCAGCGUGGCAUCUAUUGUACAAGGCAGCCGCAAUGUGACCGACCUGAAGUACAAAUACCGAUACGACGAACGUGAUGUGGCUACCGGCGUCGACGUCUACAUCCACGACACGGGCAUUGACCCAUUGAACCCAGAUUUCAAUUCUCGAGCGCAGAUAAUAUUCACUGAUAACCCAUACAAUAUAUGGCCUAGUGAUGGACACGGCACACAUGUUGCAGGAACAAUCGGUUCGACACAUUACGGCGUUGCCAAAAAUGUGUCAAUAUGGGGGAUCAAAAUUAUGUCAGAGCCCAUGGAAGAUCCCCUCGGUCCCAUUGUUGAGGAAAAAACAGCUCUAGAGUAUAUCCAGGAUAAAGUCAACGGUAUCAAGGCGGCCAUCAGACAGCAUAACAUCCACAAGAAGAAAAAGGACUUCAAAGGUUCUGUGAUGAACAUGUCAUGGGGUGUCCCCAGGGACUUCAUGGAGAUGGCUCCGGGUGGCAGUGAACUGCUUAUGAAGGCAUUGAAGGAUGCACUUGCCGCUGGCAUCCACUUAACCGUUUCGACUACGAAUUCUGGUGCUGAUGCCUGUGAAUCAUUCCCGGGGGGGUAUGUCAAAGAAAUACCUUCCCUUAUUGUUGUGGGAAAUACAAAUAUUAGCGAUACUCGGAUCCCAACUUCUGAUUGGGGUCCGUGUAUCGAUCUUUACGCCCCCGGAACAGAGAUUCAAAGUACUUCCCUGAGAAAAAAAAACUGGGUUGAAGUUAUGACUGGAGUUUCAAUGGCCGCACCACUCGUUGGCGGUGUUGUAGCUACCCAAUUGGCAAAGUUCCCCGAAUUGAGAGGUGAUACAGUUGCCAUGAAAAAGAAAAUCUUGAGUUUGGCACUUAAGAACGUUGUUAAGGAUGCUAGGGGUGGUGGAAAUCUUCUGCUCAAUACCGGUAUCUCUUCUGGUUAA